CUGUCGCAGUGAUAAUAUUCAGUUGUAACAAGGCUGUUGAAGUGGACGGACACAUAUCGUGUGUUUUUUGUCGUAUCGCACGGAUAUGUGUGUAUAAAUAUGUUAUUUAUUGCUUGUGCAAAGUGAUAUAAAUUCUUGAAUUAAAAAGAGAACGUUGUUUUUGCCUGUUUGUCAUAAAAUCAUAGACAAAACGAACUUUUUCAUUCAUGGUUCUCGUUAUUCUAAUUGACUCAACCGACAUCGAAUCGUAUUGGAACGCGUGCAUAGAUCAUUAGGUCUUGCGAACUUUCGACUGUUCUAUUCAAAAUAAAAUGCAUAUUUUAUUUACUUAUUUACAUUUAUUAAGAGUCUUCAAUCAAUUAAGUUUUAUGUGUGAUUUACCGUGAACAUAUACGGUUUUCGUUUUCGGUAAAUUCAUUUGAAUACCAAGGAAAUAAUACGAACUGUUACGCAAAAGAGGAAAAAACAAGCCUUCAAUAGAUGCAAACAAUAUUUUUUAUUUCAAAUUUGAAAUAAUAAGAAAAAUCAACAUUACUUUGUCGAAUUAAAUAUUUGUUAUUAAUUAUAUCAACAAAAUGGAAUUGCUACUUAGAAUCGCCGCAUUCUUUCUGAAAUGCAUGGGAUUCUUAUUGACGCCGUUUUUCUAUCUCUUCAAUCCAUAUAAAAAAUUAAAAAUUCCACCAAAUAAAAAUGAACUGUUAAAUAUUCCGGUCGUGGAUUUGGCGCAAAAAAUUCGUAAAAAAGAGGUGACUUCCGAACAAGUGGUGUUGGCGUAUAUCGAGCGUAUCAAAGAGGUGAAUCCAAUGAUAAAUGCAUUGGUAGAAGAUCGUUUUGAGGCAGCAAUUGAAGAUGCCAAACGUGCCGAUCGACUCGUUGAAACAACUUCCGAAUUUUUAUUGAUCACAAAUUAUCCAAUUCUUGGUGUUCCAUUCACUGUAAAAGAGAGUUGUUCUCUCAAAGGUAUGUCAUAUUCAGUCGGUUCGUUGCAUAGAAAAGGAAUCAAAGCAUCUGAAGACGGUGAAACGGUGGCGUUACUCAAAUCUGCUGGCGCAAUUCCAUUGCUGGUUUCAAAUACACCGGAAUUUUGCACAAGCUGGGAAUCAUCAAAUUUGGUCACGGGCCGUUCACUAAAUCCAUACGAUACACGACAUAGUUCGGGGGGUUCAUCUGGCGGAGAGGGAGCGCUUAUUGGUUGUGGUGCAUCAUUAUUCGGUAUUGGCAGCGAUAUCGCUGGGUCUAUAAGGGUUCCAGCACUUUUCAAUGGUAUUUUUGGACAUAAACCAACUGGAGGUUUGCUGUCGGUCGUCAAUCACUUUCCUUUCUCGCCCGACGAACGGUUUUCCAACUACUUAGUCGUUGGUCCAAUGUGCCGUUAUGCAAAAGAUUUGCCAACGCUUCUUCAUAUUAUGGCCGGAAAAAAAGCCGACAAACUUCGUCUUAACGAACCACUUUAUACUAAAGAUAUAAAGAUCUUCUACAAGGAAUCGGCUGGAUUUUCAUUGGUCGAUAUACCAGUUCAAGAAGAAAUCAAAAUUGCUAUACGAAAUGCAGCCGAACAUUUUCGAAUGAAUGGUUUGGAGGUGUCAGAAGCGCCGAUGGGGUCAUUACAAGAAUUAAUCGAAUGUGGUUUGGCACAAUUCUUUGCAAUCCAAGAUAUCCCAUUGAUUCUUCGCGACACGGAAAAUCCGAAAAAAAUCCACAGCGUAUAUAAGGAAAUAUUUAAGAGCAUUUUCGGUUUAUCGAAGUACAGCUUUGCCGGUUUAUUCUUUGCUUUCUUGUACGAAACAAAUGGUUUAAUCCCAAAACGGAAAAUAUCCAAAUACGUAACAAUGUUUGAAAGUUAUCGUCAGGAAUUUUUGAAAAUGCUGGGCGAUAAUGGUGUACUAUUUUAUCCAACGUAUCCAACAACAGCUGUUCGACACAACGAUUCACACUUAAAAUUAAGCGGCGUUGCUUAUACGAUGAUUUUCAAUUUAUUCGGUUUCCCAUCGACGCACGUACCAUUGGGUCAAGAUCGAAACGGUUUGCCUGUUGGUUUUCAAAUUGUUGCCGCACCAUAUCAAGAUCGAUUAUGUUUGUGUAUCGCAGCCGAAAUUGAGGUGGCGUUCGGCGGUUGGAAACAACCAUUUUAAUUAAAAACAUUUAAAAUUUAAACGUUGGAAUUGUAACUUUUUACUAAUUUGUGAUAAUAAAAAGGAAUCGUUUUGGACAACAAAUACUA